AUGGACCCGCUCGACUCAACAAGUGCGUGGGGCGGGAGCUCGGCCGUACCCUCUCCGUUGCCCAGUGCGACCGAAUCCACCUCCGGUCCUUGGGGUGGAAGCAGCGCCGCGUCAACGUCGUCGAGCACGGUUCCCGACCUCCGCGAACCCCGCGUCUACGGCGACCCCGUCCCCGCCCUCCCUGCUCCAAAUGAGCAGCAGGCGAAGCAGAGCCAGGCGCCAUUCCUCCGCGUUCGCAUCGCGGGCGUCGACAGGAAUAGGAAAGACCUCCUGGUUCGGUUCGAUAGUAGUGUGAACCAACUUGCCGAACUUCCGACAAACGCUGUACCGCAAUGGCCAGCGGUCGUACGCCGAAUUCCAGCGGUUCGCGGAGCAGGCGCAACUCCUAUCAUACCUGCGCUUCCGUUACCGCACACGAGCGCGGCGAGCGACGAGGAGGAUGACCGGCUGGUGCGGAUCGCUCUUCAGCGGUGGUUUACGAGGAUCUGCGAAGACCCGGUGCUGCAGCACUCCGAUGAGCUGCGGUCCUUCAUCGAAAGCGACUUUGGGUACAACCCUGUUGCGCCGCCGAAGCCUGCGUCAUCGGGCGGAAACGUGCUGAGUGCGGCGUUGUCAAAGGUUGUGCGCCGGGGACCGCUGGAUGACGACGACGAGCUCGCCAGUGCGAAGGUGACGUUGGAGCAGUUGGGCCCUGCGUGGCAAAGUGCCGCGACCAGUGUCGGCGGGAUUGGGAAGGCUCGGCGUGCGCUUUCUGUUGCCACCUCGGACGUCGGAGCGAAGAUGGUUGCGCUGGCGACGGACGAGAACGACCCGCUACUGGCCAACGUCGAGCGCAAGAUGGGACGGGGGUACGAGCAGAUCGCCGCAAUGGCCGGACAGGCGAUCGCCAGCGACAACGUGAUUCUGGCCGAUUCGCUCGGCUACCAGGCGCUGAAUGCGAAGGCGGCACAGGACGCGCUCUCGCAGCGUCUACAGAUUCUGGACGACGCACAGAGCGCGACUAAGGCGGCCAUCAACAAGCGCCGCACCGUUGAGCGCCUGAAGGCUAGCAGCUCCAUCAACCCGGCCAAGGUCGACGACGCUAUCGCGGACAUGGAUGACGCCAACCUUGCCGAGCAGACGCUCAACCAUCGCCUCCAUGCCAUCAGCAACAAUCUGCACCAGGCCUUGCGCGCGCACUCGCGUAACGCGCACGAAGACAUGGCUGUCUCGCUCCUCGAGCACGCGCGCAUGAGCAUCAUGUACAACCGACAUGUGCUGCGGGAGCUCGAGGCGCUCAAGCCAGACUUCAACAAGGUCAACGCGCUCGCGACCGGCCAGAAGGUUGCGCCGCCUGUCGGUCCUGCUCCUACCCAGAGCGCCGCGGCUGCCUAUGCCAGCGCGAGCACGGCCGCCGCGCACAGCUCCGCUAGCACGCCGACCGCACCUACAGGUCCGGCGCCAGGCAGUGGAUCUGGCACACCAUUCCGCUCCCCUGUUAGCCCCGCUCCGGCGACGGCGCAGAGCAUGUUCCUCCCGACCCAGUCGGCGCCGGGCACGCCGGGGUCGCAGGGCAGCGACCCGCUCGGCGGCGGCGUCGCGCAGAGUAUGGUCCUGCCGGGACAGCAGAAGCGUCCCCCGCCCCGUCGCUUGGACGAGCGCAAGGCCGCCAAGCUGCUCGCUGGUGGCUUCUAA